AUGGCUACCCCCACGAUCCGCCCCAAUGACAUUGAUAUGGGGAAUACCAGUCCUACCCUCUCUUCGAAAACCUUACCUCCGCUGCCAAACCUCCAGAAAGCCGAAAAGAGAACUGUUGCUCCCCGCAUCGACGUCCAGCCGUUGUACCAUGCGAUCAAGAGCGCCAUAAGCGAUGCCGACUUCGCGACCUAUAAAUCCACGAUCAACGCGUUUCUGAGCGGGAAUCUCAACCAGGAAGAAUUAACUGCCCGUCUCGAUCGUAUCCUAACCACCCCUGCGCUCGAGCAUGCGCACAACCAGUACAUUGUUGCCAUCAUUGGCAAUGCUAUGCGCGAUCCACCAGAACCAGGCACCGCGAGCUGGGCCGACGAUAAGAUUGUUGGGAAAGCCGCUGGUGCCGGCAGUAAAGGAAGCGGAAGUCAGGAUGAUGAGGUGGAAAAGCGGCUGAAGAGGGAGGUCAUGCACAUCGCGCGGCGGGAACGGAAGAGGCUGAAGAUGCUCACUGACGACGCUUAUGAUCCUUUCUAUGAGGAAAUGCUAGCUGUAGGAGAGGCAAAGAAGAUCCACACGCCGGAUACUGGGAGUGCGAGCGCAGGUGGAUUUCAAAAGACCAACUGGGAGCUUGAGAUUCGGAAACGUUACACACUACCUCUUUUCGUUGAAACGCACGAGUUCCCCGAUCCUUCCACCAUCGGCGCGCGUAUGCUGCCUAUCUGUUACGAAGAGGGUCUGCCCCAAGGCCACUCCUCCGAAUGCCCCGUAUUCAUGAAUAUCGCUACCGAAACAUACAUAAAGGAGGCCCUUACCAAUCUCUUCCAGCGCGUCUCAUCCAAUGGCCCUGGAUAUAUCAAGACAGCAGAGUUCAGGCGCAGGGUGGACAAGGAGGAGCGACUCGUUGCAGAAGGAGAGAUUGCCCGCACUGCUGCUGGCCUACUACCCGUGGAGCAAGAGGAAAUGCGAAAGCGGAAGCCGCUCUGCAUGGAGGACCUGAAGAUGGCCAUGAUCCUCGGAGACGGUUUUCUCGGCCAGGCACCCGCUAUCUCUGGAGUCAUCUUCAAUGGAAAGUAUCUGGACGCCCCUGGGGUGGAGGAGCUGGAGAACGAGCGGAGAGUCAGCAGUCCGCCGAGGAGAAAGGAUAGGGAGAAGAUUGUCAAUGGUCUUUCCACCAACGCAAACGUCCCGAAUGGUAUACCAGAGAUAUCAAGAGGUCAACUGGUCAAUGGGAACUCAACCCCUGGGCCGGAUCUCCCCUCCAAGGCGCAUACAUACAAUGGUGCGGAUUACACUGGAUAUCACGUCGAAUUGGGUGAUCCCAUCCCCAUCAUGGACGACGACUGGACCUGGGUCGGAUCGACGGAGCAAGAUGUACGGGCUAUGGAUGCCCGUCUUGAUGCGUAUUUGGCAGUGGGGUCAUAG